AAAAGAACUGACGAAAUUCAGGAACGAUUUGAGAGGAAAUUUGAGUCCCCAAUGACGGUUCCAGGAAAGACUUAAAGGAAGAAAUACUAAAUAUUUUUACAAUAUUCAGUAUUGGAGCUAUUAAAAGUUACAGGAAAGAUAUAGGAGGUCCGACACAGGUGGAAGAAAGAUUGUAUAAUCACAAUGACGCAUUUGAUCUGUGAAAAUGGCGUAGCAUUUAUCGCUUGACUUUGACAAUUCUACUGAGAUGGACGAUAUUUCCGUCGCAAUGGCUUUACGACGAUGAAUUUUGAAAGGAGAUGUUUACUGCUUAUAAAUUUUUCGCCGAAGUACUGGAUAGAAGCACUUUUUAUGCAUGAAUACACAGUUGAUGAAAUACACCCCGAAGAUAACGUGACAUUAAUAUUGUCAGUCUAGAUAUGGCUGGGUUUCGCACACAGUAUACUCGACUGAAUUCAAAUUCAGACGAUCCUGAAGAGGAUUUACCUCCACAGGGUUUUGAUAUUGGUGCCCGUGGAUUUGAGGAAGUUGAGAAAGGUGAUUGAAAUGCAUGUAAUUUGGAGUGUAUAAUCUAAUUACCAGCAGUACGUUAUUCAAUGUUUACAUAUUUGUGUAAAGACUGUUGGGUUUUUAGGCGGGAACAUGUCUUUGUCCACACAAGCGUUUGAAUAAAGCGUAAAAUCGAACCAGUGUUAAUUUAAGUGCCCAUAUAAAAGUAAAAAAAUCCUGCACAGGGUGUUUGAACUAAUUUACCAUGAAUUAAAAUAGAGAACCAACAAGCACGAAUAGAUUUUGUGUGUCUAUCUUGCACUUGAGUACAAACCAACUUCGCUCUUUUGGACUGACUAUGUAUUGAUGUUGCUUACUGUUGCUGUUUGUACAUCUUAUUCCUUUAGGUCGCUGGAAUCACAUUGAGAAUCUUGAUGAGUUCUUCAUUCGCAUAUCCUUUUCACUGUGUUUUUGUUGGUAUACAGAGCAUUUGUUUGUUAAUUACAAAAUUCAUCCCAGUCAAGGCUGUGAAAGGGAACAAAAAUAUACUUUAUGUACAAGCUCAUUGUUUCUGAUGUUCCUUUCGCCCAUAUCAUGGUCUUACCUUUCUCAAUCAAUCAAUCAGUGUCAUAGCAAGGGAUAUAAGGGAUAUGGUUGCCCCAAGUAUCAGAGCUCAGGCUCAUGUAUAAAACACAUGUGUGUUGUUGUUAUUACAGAAUAGGAGAAUAGGGAAAUGUACCUCCCAUAAAAGAAUAUACUUCCAUAGAAAACAUUUAAAGAAAUAGAUUCCAUGUGCUUAUUUCUAUCCAUGUCCAGGGGAGGGUGUAGGGGUACUCCCUAUGAUGGCUUAUGAGGUGAGGCUCUGCUUGAAAGGGGUACCUUUCCUAGUUCAGGUAUAUAAAAGGGUAGGGAUUUCACUAGUUGGGGUAUAUGAAAGGAUAGGGAAAACCGUCAUUUUGGUUUGUAAACAGUUCGAUAAAGAGCUAAUAGAUGAAUUUAUGGCUGUCAAAAAGUCAGAAAAACUUCCUGGUUUAGGUAUUUUUGUAUGUAAAAGGGUAAGGGGUUGGACCUCAAAGCAGAGCCUCUCCGAAAAAACUUUGUUAGUUGUUCCUAGUCUUUAAUCCAUCAAAGGACUGACUAUCAAGGGUUGUUAAAUUGAUACACAAUCUACAUGAAUAGUGGCCAUAGUUAUAGUGAGAUAGCUGCGUGGGAAAUCAUCAAAAUUAACAAAUACGUAUUAUCCUUAACUGUUCCUCACAUAUAUGAAUAUCACAGGAAUAAUGGUUUUGUUUGCAUUCUCCUUAAUGAAAUUUUUGAAUUAAUGUAAGGAACUCUUCUUGCAUGAUAUUAUUCAACUUAUAUAAAAGGUGCCUUUGAUAUGUCACAGUUCUAUUGAUAUUUUGGCAUUUUUUUUUAGGAAUAUCAGUCUUUCAAGGCUUUGACUAUUUCACUCAUAACCAUAAUAUCGGUACUCCUGAAUGAUGAAAGACCAAGAUCUUUCACACAAACUGUUAAAGAAAGAACAAGACUGACCCCUAUAGAGUUCUAAAGUGUGACGUCAUAAAAAAAUAAAUUAGUGAAAUUAUGGGAUUUGUCAGGAUAUUCUGACUGAAAGAACAACAUCCAAGAGGCCUACUUGCCAAAAACUAGCAUUUCAGGGCAAAUUGUCUCUGAGAUAUUAGCCCAGUUAUGCUCCGGUGACUCCAUACAAAUCCUUCUUAAUGUGACUCAGUUCAUAACAUUAGGAACCGAGUCAAAUUUAGAAGGAUUUGUAUUGGGUCAUUGGAGCUUAUUGCCCCGAAAUGCUAGUUUUUGGCAAGUAGGCCUCUUGUAUGUUGUUCUUUCAGAAUAUCCUGACAAAUCCCAUUACCGGUUUUUCACAAAUUUAAUUUUUAUGAUGUCAUCACUUUAGAACUCUAUGUAUACAUAUUUUAAUUCCCUCUUAUGCUGCUUCUUAUCCCAACUUUUUUGUAUUCAUGAGUUAAUUCUGGGUAACUGGGUUUUGUGGAGCAGUUAGGAGGGACUUUGCCAAAUGUGAAUUACGAGAGAGAUGGAUAGUGAAGGGAAAAAGAAAAGAAGAAAAAAUAUAAGGCCAAUGAAUCCAGCCAAGUUCACUGAACUAGCUUGGUUAGUAACGUUUUUGUUAUGGGACUCCACCGGAAAGUUUUGUUUCUUGUAAAGUAGCUCAAUCUUGCCUUUUAAAAACCUGCUUUUUUUUAUCCUUUAAACAGCCAAUUCGUAUUUGUGGUUCUUUUUACAUCGUUCUUGGUUCUAUGUGUGGAUUAUGACAGAUUGUUCAACCACAAGUUCCCAACAUUCUCCACUGUUGUGCAUUUCCACAAAGUGCAGCAGUAAGUUACAUUAUUUUUGUAAAAUCUUUGUUACAUUAAAUUUAGUAAUUUAGAGGUUGCUUUAGAUUCAAUUGGUUGAAAAAAAAAAUCCUCACUUUUCAUCCCAUCCCCUGAAUUACUUAUGAACAGCUGCCACUUUUAUACUGCUAGAAAAUGUAGGUCAUGCAAUGAUACAAAAAGCUGCUACCUACAGUAGGAUCCCCCAGGAGGAAAGAGCAACUCCGUCCAUUUUUAACAUGGUGUGGGUCCAUGUUUGACAACAGUGGAGAAAAGGAAGUGUCACAUGAAAAGAAGCAAUUGUUACCUUGUAGAUGAAAGGUUAUAUGCUGGCAUGGACGACAGCUUCCUUCGGGCACAAUAGUAUUUCUGACUUAAGCUGGGUCAAAGAACUGCAGUAUCUACUGGAAGCUGGGGUACCUACUGGCCCCUACUGGGAUCACAUCCCUGGGAUCAUUCUUACUUUCAGGCAUUUGUAAUAAUUAGUGCUAAUGUUUGUGAGACUUAACAGGGACUGUUACUUUCUUAGCGAUUUUUUUGUUUCAAUUAUUAUUCUUUUUUUAUCGCAUGAAAAAUAUUAAAUUGUUUAUCACUAAAUUUGUUUCCUCGAUUUUUCUUUUUACAUUACAGUAUGGAGCCUGCUAUAGUUGUGUGUCUUGUCAUAGCUUUCAUUUUUUGGUUGAUUCGUUUGGCGAGAAUAGUCGUCCAUUUCUUUAAACUUAUGGAAAUACGGGCAUUUUACAAAAAUGCACUACGAAUAACAGAGGUAAUCACUGGCAUCUCUUCUGUAAUUUGAAUUAUUAUGAUCAUUAUUUUUUUUGCAUAUAGUAGUUUCAUGGGAAUGCUAGCUACUAGCACUAUUGUAUGAGGGAACUUUAAAAAAUUAUGGUUGAACCUCUCCGUAACAGCCACCUUGGGGACAGAAGAAAGUGGCCGUUGUAGACAGGUGGCAAGUGUAGAGAGGUUUAAACAAGAGUCAAUGUAAAGGCUGUCCGCCAUAAAACGUGGCCAUUGUAGAGAGGUGGCUUUGGCUGUCAGUGGAUGUUAGACUGUAUUGUGGUUUGGCUAGGGUAUUGAAUGACAGUAAACAUUAAAGCGUGGCCAGUCUUAAUUUGGUGUCUAACUGAUGCUCAGUUUGGGAGUUUUUUUUUUUGAGAAAAAAUGAUUUUUUCCAUCUGGUUUAAAGCUAUACUUUAGGGCUGAAAUGAAAUUGAUUAGACACCCUUUUAUAAUAUCCUCGCACAUGGCUGUCCUCAAAGUUUUAAGUAGACGGUCUCUCAGGGAAAGUAGUCAGUCAUUUAUCCCACAAAUCCUCCUACAUUUGUUACGCUUGAUUCAUUUUCAAACUAAGAGUAGCUGGCUACGUUUACUGCAGUAGCCAGCUAAACAAACUGGCUGCUGGCUACUAAUGACAGAUGAUGCUGGACACCUUGGAUUUCAUAAGUUCGGAGUUUCCCCCUCCCUACAGUUUUUCCUAGAUCACAUCUAUGUUAAUGUACAAUUUGGUAGGUAAAAUUUUAUGUGACUUAAAAGUGGCCGUGUUUUUCCACUGCAGAGUGAGUUGACCAACCUACAGUGGCAGGAUGUUCAGAAUCGAUUAAUAGAGGUGCAAAAGGUCCAUCAGAUGUGUGUUCACAAGGAAGAAUUAACAGAACUUGGUUGGUUUGUUUUUGUGUGUGUGUGCUAUUUUGACUACUAUAUCUUUUUAUUGUUUAAUUUAGUUGUUCAUGUUUUUUAGUUGAAUGUAUUAUUUUUGUUAUAAUCAUAACUAUAACAAAAUUGUCAAAUCUGAUUGGCUAUCAACUGCCCUGAUUUCAGCCUUAAUUGGACAGUUUAAUAGGACAGUACGCGUCAUGCCUAAGUAAUUGGACAGACGCGCCAUCACGCGUGCGCUUAAAUGGCUUUUUUUCACUGCUAGCAAAACAAAGUUUAAGAUUUCUUGUGUUUUGAUUUGUGAAAUAGCAAUGUUAUAGUCUGUAAUACACCCCAUAAGUAAAAGUAGUUGUACAUGUACAUCAGUUAAAUAAAUUUUAAAUUAGAAGUACUAAGAACAUGCAGUAGGAUACAGUUCUGGAUAAUUAUCAGUCAUGUUGAUAGUUUUUUUUGGUGUUGUUUCCUAGAUAUUCAUCAUCGUAUACUAAGGUGGAAGAACUACAUGAUUGCAAUGCAGAACAAGUCAGUUAUUUCUGGUUCUUAUAGUUUCCCAUUUGUGGGUGAAAGGUAUGCCAUUGAAAAUGCAUCUUUUCUUGGGCACUUAGCUACAUUUGUCAAGACUUUUAUUGUACUUGUGAGCUGAAGUUUAGAUACAGUAUUUCCUUGAAUAAUAGCUGGGCGCAAUCAUUAUUUUUUUCGCACAGAAGUGGGCAAUUAUUCGAGGGAGGCGAUUAUUUCAAAUAGUGCUCACUGGAAGUCAUGCCCCAAGUAUUUUGUUUUAUUAUCCCAUUAAAACAAAAUAACUGAACACAUAUGGUCUUUUUAAGUGUUCCAAAUCUGGUUCCUUGAUUAAUGUUCGAUGUCAAUAUCCUCAGCGUCAGAGCUUAAAUUGUCACUGAUCAGUCUUGUUGGAUCAGACUCUACUUUAACAUGGCAGGGAGGGGAUAAAAGAAAGAGAUGAAGGCAAGAGGGGUCAGGGGGCGAUUAAUUGAGGGAACCAAAAUCACUCAGUUACACCCUUUAAUGCAGACAGUGUUGCUGUCUCAGGUUGGUUAGAGUUUAGUUUGAAUCCCAUUUUAACAAACACAGUUUGCAAGAAGGCUUCUAAAAUCUCUUUGUAGGAACAUCUUACUACUGUACUCUUAGCAGGGGCAACUUGGUCGUCUGGAAUUCCCCCUAUAGGGACUGUUGAAUAACUGUUAUCUUCAAUCCUCAAGUGUAAGCAGACAGCCUUGCCUGGACAAUACAUUUAGUUAUGUAAAACAGGAUGUUGCCUAAGAACUGUUUACAGCGAAUGUGUUACAAUACAUGCAUACAACAGCAAUAUCUAAAUACUUACAUAAUUAUUUCAGAUGUAAAAGUGAAUGAAAUGUUGUGCAUUUUUAAUCCACAGGGCUUUUGUAACUGAGGGAAUGAAGUACAACUUAAAACUGAUUCUAUUCUGGGGUCCAGGAAGCCCUUUUCAGAACAACUGGAAGUUGAGAGAAGAAUAUAGGAAUCCCGCUAAUAGGUGAGUACCUUUAUUAGUCAGGGCAAAAAACUUACAACAAUAAUAUUGUAAGUUUUGUGAGCUUAUGCAUAAAAUAAUAAGUUAUUGUUUUUAGUAGUUUUUGUUGUUGUUUCUUUUGUAGAGUCAGAUAGUUAAGGAUUGUGGGUUUUUGAUGCUCUCUCCUCUGUAGAGGCUCCCACUGGCUAUUCCAAUAAAAAUAGCAAUAAUAUUUAAAAAAAAUAGCAAGCGCACAGGGGACAGUGGCCUGCAAAGCAAACAGGGGGAUUGCUGGCAAUGGGGGGAGAAGGGGGGGAAGGGAAAGGGAAAAAAUAUAAUUCCCCAUAUCCCUAGCUCCCGUAAGGAAAAAAUAAAAUGUCUUGUUGUAGAUUUAAUGAUAAUAAAAAACUGGCAUGUGAUGUGUAAGUUGAUGGAUAUACUGGAAUGAGCAAAAUUGAAAUGAGCAUAAUAAUUAUAAGGUUUUCAGUUUUGGACAUGAACAUGAUUAAAAUGAUUAAGAUGGGAAGUUUUGUUACAUUUAAACCAUAAGAUUAAAGUUGAUUGAAAUUGAUUACUGUUUCUAUCAGAGGCAGAUGAUGCCACUGAUUUUAUUUGAUUCUGAGAGUUACUCCUGGGGGUGUACUCGAGGUGAGCCACUGAGGGUUUGAAACCCUGAGCCUGUUUAGGAUGAACAAAAUCCUAAAAUACAUACCCUGUUUAGGACAACCACCUCAAUUUUAUUACCAUGUUUGUGCAGGCAAUACCCUGUUUAUAAUAAGGACAGACUCGAGCGAAUUAUAUACCCUGUUUAGGUCAAAAACCAUACCCUGUACAGCGGCAAAUCCCUGUAUAAGACAUAUAGGGGGCUUGCUGUUGUUUAUUUAUUCACGACCCAUUCAAUUGCUGAGGUGGCCCCAAAUUUGAUCCCUUGUUGGCAGGUAUCAAUUAAGCCUGAUAUAAAUAACAUACUUUUUGUGUUCUUGUCAUAGAUUUGUUUUGGCGAAUAGGUGAGUAAGAUAUUGUCAGUAGUGUAUGUAUCAUGUUUUAACUCGUGCAUCGUUUAGUAAAGUUGAUGUUUGUCAUGAUACUAAUAUUUCACUUUUUUUACAGGCUUUCUCGGCGUAUUUUCUGGAUUGGAAUAGCAAACUUUGUACUUUCCCCUUUUAUUCUUCUGUGGGUUAUUUUGUACUCCUUCUUUACCUAUGCUGAGGUAGGUUUGGCUCAUCGUUAUAAGUUUUCUUGCAUGUUUUUGUUGUUUCUGUAUUAUUGAAUAUUUCACGAACAAUGUAAUGAGUUAUUUGUUGACGGCUGUAGGAGGUAUGUUAAAGUACGUUUAAAGCACAAAUGAAAACCAUUCACAGAGAUGAGGAACAAUUUGCAAAAAAUUGAUCAUUCAAAUGUUUUAUACCUGUUUAUGCGCAGUUGUUUGAUCGAGACAAGAGGUGGCGCGAGACAACUUAUUAUUUGAAACAUUUUGCGCUUUGUUAGUUGUCUUACAUUUAAGAAGUUACAAGCUCUAUGCCUUUAAAAUUACAAGUAAAUGCGCUUUACUUUAACUUCAUUCGGACUGUAAUUCUGUUUGUGUUUUAUAACUCUUCUCCCACGGGAACCAGUGAACCAGGCAAACGUAAACUUGCUCUUAAAAUUUGACGUGAAAUGCAAAAUCAGUAAGCCUCGCGUAAAUUCGACUUUGCACAGUGUUACAUUUUAACCCAGCUAAGCAAAGUGGGCAAUUAACGGAAUAUUGUUGCCAAAAAUUUAUCUUACGCAACUGCCUCCGCAACUUACUAGUUUCGUCACUGUUAUUGUAGGUAAAUUUAAAAAUUUUCUCAGUUCUUUUAUCGACAACCUGAUAUCUGAGAGCUCUGAGUAUAAAAAUACAGCCGUUAAAACACCAGAAAUAAUUCAAAAAUAUCAAAAUAAAUACUCACAUUGUUUUACGAACGUGCUUUCCUUGUCAUGUUGAAAUACGAACUCGCCUGAUGGAAAAUGGCGGGAUUAUUAUGAUCACGUGGUACUUUCGCAGUUCGCGUUUGGCGCGAACUCUACUUCAGUUCAAUCAGUUGCAAGUAUUUUUUUCUUUUUUGACCGUUUUUCUCUUUUUUUUCGGCAAUUUCGGAUAAAAUAUAAUGCAUGGUCAUCGUAUUUUCGUUCUGUUUUAUGGUUUGGCUUCUACGAGCUCUAAACUUCACAUAAUCCAUAUCUGCGUAAAAUCUGUCUCAUUUUCCGUACCUUCCCUAUAAACAUAGGACUGCGUGUAUUUUCAUAAGAGAAAAAUGAUUUUAACCUUGUCACAUUUCUAUCUACUUGUGAUCAACUGCAAAACGACCUACCUUGAUAUUUUAGAAAUUCAGUUAGUCUAUUUAUCAUGCAGUUUAAAAGUAACUGAAUAAAUAUGCUGUUUGCAUUUUACAGAUGGUCAAAAGAGAGCCAGAUUCUUUUGGAGCACGCAGAUGGUAAGAAAAUAAAAACGUUGUGAGUGUAAGCUAUAUUUUUAAAAUGUAGGUUGCGAAGGUGAGAGAAAACGACCCUCAAUUUAUAUGAUUUAUUUAAUUAAUUUAAGGUUUUAAGUGUACAGAAAAAACUAAGAAAACAUAGGAAAGUAAGCGGGAAAAAAGACAAAGCAAAACGUAUUCAUAACCCAAACCAGAAAAGAAUGAAAAAAUUUGGAGAAGGCUGCUAGGAGUAUUUACGAUAUGAUUAAAAUAGGUAAAGUCAUAACCCUGAUGGACCUAUUUAUUAAAAUAAGUAAAUUCAUAACCGUGAUGGCCUUAUUUACACUGUCCUUUAUAGGUCCUCCUACGGCAGACUGUUUUUCCGUCAUUUUAAUGAACUGGACCACGAACUUCACAGGAGGUAACUACAUUAUAAACCAUACAGAUCUGUGAUAUGAGGCUGUACGUAAAACCAAAAUUUGCCGAAACCAAAAUUCGGUAAACCAGUUAGGUCUCCGAUCACAUUUGGAGGCCGGGUAGUGGCGGGGGGGACGUUUUGUACCCCCUACAAUGGCCUUUACGGGGAGGCUCCGCUGGAAAGGGGUACAUUGUCGAGGGCACGGGUAUAUGCCAAGGGUAGGAAUUUGGGUAGGGAAGUCUGUCAUUUCGGUCUUUAAAAGGGAACAAAAUGGCUAGCAGAUGAAUUUUAUGGCUGUGAAAAAGUCGAGGAAACGUUCGGUUUUUUUAUUUAUUCGUAUUUGAAGGACAGUGCAUUUACAGCAGUUAAAAGGGAUGCAAAGUUUUAAACUAGGUGAGGAGCCGAUUUAUAGUACUGCUAAUCGGCCCCAGACUAGGUAUGUUAAAGGGGUACCAUUUGUCAAUAGAAGUUAUACAAAAGGAUCAGAGCACCUUGUCUACCCAAAAUGGUAUAUAAAAAGGUAAACUGUUGGACGUCGGGGCGGAGCCUAUCCUUCUUAAACUUCGUUGAGUACCCGGAGAGACCCAACACUAGCAGACAAGCGCGAGCAAGGACAACUAAUUAUGGUUUUCCUCUUGUUAGUUGGCAACCUCGUUCCCAGGAAAUUUCCGUUCACUUUGAGGUUGGAAGGGAUGGAAAAAGUCUUGGUUGAUUGGUUGCCGCCGAGUGGCAGCAUUCCCCACUUGACAAACAAUAGGGACAAAAGGUACAGGCUUUGGGUGCAGUGAUUUCUGGAAUCGUUUGGGUGGAAAAAUGUUAGUUAUGAUUGGUUGAUAGUAUUCAAAGCAACCAAUAACCAAUUAAAAAAAACACUGGUCCACCCAAACGAACCAGGAAGUCGUUGCGCCGAAAGCUUUACCUUACAGUUUCUGGAGUGGGAAUUAAUGGCACCGCGCGAUAGGUUUUUUUGUUUCAAAACCGCUCAAUUAUAUUCGUUAGAUUAUUUGUGUCGGAAAUAGUAAGGUUGGGAAUCCAUUUGUUAAACUAAAACUCCCGGACGGAAUUUUCAUGCUUUUUGGAAGCGGAAAGUCAUUAAAUUUUGUUCGAAAACAUAUUAAAAAACAGCUACUCCUCUUUGAAAUGGGUGACUUACUUUUCAGGCCUUUUAUUUUGGUUGGUCGAAACUGGCUCGCUCAGUCAAGAUUGAACUCGGGGUGGAGGUUUUUGCGCUUCCCGAUUGCGAGAGGACACGCAGGAAUUUUGCAAUUUCCCUCAGAAAAGAUUUCGUUGAAUUGAGUUUACCUAACACGUUUUAUAUGGUCUUUAUCGCUGUAUUUUUUUAAAAUUAUUCUUAGUAUUAUUUUUUGUUUUGCAGAUUAAGUAAAGCGUACGAGCCUGCCUCGAAGUACAUGAAUCUAUUUGUCUCCCCUUUUAUGGCCAUCAUUGCCAAGUAAGUGUGUGAAUGCAGCCUCCGAAAUUUUGGCCUUGCUCCCAAACACCCGCUCUUGACAGUGUGUGUGUUGUUUACGAUACGAUAAAGCUAUAAUCGCGGAUUACCUUAGUCCUGUUCAGUAUAACUAUAAAGAACACGUAACCAUUUUCGUGCGUGACCUAGCACACGCAAACGUGCGUGUUGUUUAGAAUACGAUAAAACUAAUCCCGGAUUACCUUUAUCAUGAUCUGAACAUCACGCACCCAUGAACGCGAGGGUAGGAAAUCAAUGUUUACAGAGACGACGCAUGGAAGUGCGUGCUUUUCGUUUUGAAUACGAUUAAGCUUAUCUUGGGUAAUAGCUUUAUCUUAUCCAUUGAAGAAAAAAUACUGGCCGUUCUCCAGGAUGAAGAAUCCUAACUCUAGUGAACAUAUCCAGGCACAAUUUGCGGUUUAUCGACAUCUUUUUAAAAUUUUAUGUAAUAAAUCAAACAUGAGAAACUGAGUCUCAAGAGUGAUCAACAUGGAUUUUGUCAGAACAACAUCAAUACAUAAUCAAUAGAAAAGGAAAUGAGAAUUAAUGAAAUGAUCGUGUAAGGAAAAGUGUUUUGAUCUUCAAACAAUUUCUCUCUUCUAACUCCUCCAGAAAAUGUAUUGAUAUAAGUUUGGAGCUUUUGUAAUUAGAUACUGUGGCUUAAAGGGUUAAACACCGAGAAGAGAGUUGAAAAUACGACGCGCAGCGGAGUAUUUUGAUGUAAAAUUGCGAGUGGAUUUUGUGCUGGGUCGUUUCCCAUAAAUAUGAUUUAUGUAUACUGUAGUCCCGUGGAUUAUACACAGCCGCGGUCAGUAAACUGUGCAAUAAUUUUGUUCUACUACAAUUCAUGAACACAGCUAAUUUCUGUGUUGUUUUCCCAUAGAAACCUGGCGUUUUUUGCUGGUGCUCUUUUCGCUGUGUUAACAAUCUUCACUCUUCUUGACAAAGAUGUUCUGCUAGCGGAACAUGUGCUUACUGCUAUAGCAAUUUUAGGUGUGUAGUCGUAGUGUAUUUAUAUAGGCAAGCUACUGAACGAGGAACUUACGUUCUAUUAUAGCCUCAGAACGGUACUUUCUUGACGAAACAGAACAUGUCCAGAAAAUGGAGUUGAAAAAAUACCGCUCAAAUUCUUUUUAAUAAUUGUGUUUUAUUAUUUAUUAUUAUUUAUUAAUAAAUUAUACAUUUAUUUAUUGAUAAUUAUUAUUUCUGAAUCAAUUUAUUAUUAUGAUAAUUAUUUAAAAUUUGUUAUUUUUUUUACUUAUUCUUUGUUAUAAUUAGGCCUCGUUAGUCGUGCAGGCACGAUAUAUGAUAUUAAGAUGUUAAGCACUGUGUGAAUAAAACCACUUUCUGAGGCUAUGUUCACACUCUAAAGGAUAGUUUUUGCCGUGAAAAUCAUACCGGAAACGGCUUCUGUUCACACACAGAACGGUGAUUUCGGCGCGAUUUCUGUGACAGAGAGACACUGCGCCGCGGAUAGGAUCUGUGCCGUACUUUGGUGCAGUAUGAAUACCGGACCGUCCCGGAAGUGAGUAAGUAGGAGUGAGGACUGGAAACCACCGAAACGGAAGUAAAUAUUCAGGUCCUCGGCUCCGGCACGAUAGGGAGCUUAAGCAACUACGACGAAGACGACGACGACAACGACAACGACAACUUCAAGAAACAAUAGAUUUAAUGAUCAAAACAACAGCUCUGCACGUGCAUCACACUUUUACCACAUUUCUUUGACGUCCACUGCACUGCUACGACGUGAAACCUCCUAAUUUGACGUUUCAUGGAGGACGUGGACAUACGACGACGAAUUUUCCUUCCUCUUUUUAAACUUGAAUAAAAUCCUUAAGAAUUCAACUCCAGGAAAAGUCGCCUACAUUUGACAUAUUGAGUGGGUCCAAAUAGACGCGAUUAAGUUUGAAAGAACGCAAAUUCAUUUUUUAGCGACAUUUUCACUGGCGUCGUCGUCGUCGUUGCUUAAGGUCCCUGAUGUUCGAUGUGUGUGAACGUCUUGCUCCAGCCCGGGCCGUUGCUGUUCAUAACAUACCUUACAGCUUUUCGCGGUGGCACAAAAAGCUAUCCAGUAUAGCGUGAACACAGCCUUAAUUAGUGAUAAAGAAAAUAUCUGCAAGUGAAAGCCUAGCCUGCGUAGCAGGCGCUUGGAAGUAGUAGGCGAAAGAGAAAACGGGCGCGCGCGAGGAAGACACGCGUGUCCCCUCGCGUGUCCCCUCGCGCGCCCAUUUUUUCUUGUGCCCACCACCUCCAAGCGCCUGCUACGCAGGCUAGUGAAAGCCACCCUGAAUACACUGAGGCUGAAACAAACCAGCUGGAUCCACUUGGUCUAAUGUGAAGUAAACUGGCUUUUAAGUCGGAAGGUAUGGUGUUUAUUUCACUUUUUCCGGUACUUAUAAUGGUCUUUUCUCACUGGUUAUUAUUUUCUUUUACAGGCAUAAUAAUACGUAUUUGUUACAUAUUCAUACCUGACGAGGUAGGUGUAUUCUCUGAAAGUGUGUAGUGUAUUAAAUGGGUUGGCCAUGUCACGCCAUUUUCUAUACCUUUUUAAAAAGCUAUCCGCGUGUCUUCCUAUCAGUUGAAUUCCAUAAAUUAAUGGUACAGUUUUGUUAUUGCGGGUGUCAAGAGGAGCCCGCAAUCCUGAUCUCCAGGUCGUUAUUACACAUGCGUCGCAUGUGCCUACCAUAGGCUGAUUUAGCAACAGAAGGACAGGAGCGUCAGUUGACGACGGAAAAGCGCGCGGAAAGGACUAAACACGACUUCCGGUGCCCAAUUUGCCGCUCUGCCAUUGGUCAGGCCAGUUGUUUGAUUUGCGUGCGCCGUCGUCAACUGACGUCCCCGUUCUUUUGCUAAAUCAGCCUUGUGUAUCCAGCAUUUGUUUGGACUUCCACUACAAGAAUGUAUGAAAUGCACAGAACGUACUUUGAUCACGCGCGUUUGGACCUUCUAUCACUCGUUAUCUGAUCACGCGUGUUUUGACCAUGUGUCACGUGAAACUUACGCAAAGCACAGCGCUGGACCAAAAGCCAACGUUUGCAAGUUUUGUGGUUUUUAUACUUACAACUGGUAUUGUAUAUUUUCUUUCCCAGAACACAGUGUGGGAUCCGGAGCAGCUACUGAAGCAGAUUGUGUCCCAUACACAUUACAUCCCCGAUGAGUGGAAGGGGAAAGCUCAUACCAAGGAGGUAGGAUGGAGGGGGUAAACAACAAAGGUUUAUUCGGGGAGGUUCCGCCCCGAGGUCCAACCUCCUACCGCUCCCUUUUAUACACUGUUUUAGGCAGAAUUUGUACCCCUUUCGUAUAUCUUUUACUGAAAAAUGGUACCCCUUUCACAUGCUUAGUUUUUCGAACACUGCUUCCUUUUAACUGCUGUAAAUGUACUGUCUUUUAAGAAUGGAUAAAUUACUAAACCAGGAAGUUUUCAUGACUUUUUCACAGCCAUAAAAUGCAUCUGUUAGCCCCUUUGGACCUCUUACACCCCGAAAUGAAAGAUUUCCCUACCCUUUCAUAUGCUCAUAUCCCCACCCUUUUAUAUACCUGAAGCCUUAAAAAGGUACCCCUUUCGGGCAGAGCCUCCCCCAAAAAGGCCAUUACAGAGAGUAGCCCCCCCCCCCUCGGGAUAUCUCCUUACAUAAUUUUAAAUUAUUAAGCUUGUCUUUCUGUGUCCUCGCCAUAUUUCAAUUCCCAUGGUUUACGAGCCCUCUUUUUCCUCUAACUGAGAUUACUAAGGUAUAGGUAGUGGGAUGCCAAUAUACCUGAGGAAACAAGUGUACCCCAUAGGCCUUCUACCGCAAAACCCUGCCCGGCGAGACUGCUUUUUAGUGGUUCCUUCAUUAAUUAAAAGUUCUGCAUUUAAAGGUGCAUUAACAUAAUAGUAUUCUAUUUGUCUAUCUCCUUUCAGGUUCGAGAAAAGUUUUCUCAACUAUUCCAAUACAAAGCGGUAAGUUAUUAAAGGGAAGUCACGCAAUGUCCCCUUCACACAUACAAACCUGUUUUGCGACAAAUCACGAUGUUGCAGGUUGCGAAAGGCUGUUGUAGAAAGUAGAGAGUAGUUCUACUUUUUGCAACAAAAUCAUUACAUGUUGCGCGUGUUACCGGCCCAAGGCAAACUCUGUUUGCAGCAAGUGACGUAACCUCCGUGUAUGGCUCCACUCUCGCGUAAUCCUAUCCAGUCAAAGGUCAGUAUUCACGCAACCUGCAGCAACCUGAUUUUUUGCAAGACAGAUUUUAACGUGGGUGGUAGAACGCGCCACUCGAUUUGCAACAAUUCUUCGUUCUUCGAAACAAGUUGUACGUUUUUGUCGCCCGUUUUACCGUAGCUUUAAAAGACGCAUCACUGUCGCGUCGUGUUCUAACUUUAACCUGCCGUUUUUAUGUACAGGAAUACGUGUUACAAGAGCUAGUCAGCCCUGUAAUCACCCCAUUCCUUCUGUGCUUUAAUUUACGCUACAAAGCUCUGGACAUAGUGGAUUUCUUCCGAAAUUUCACUGUCGAUGUUGUUGGUGUCGGCGAUGUGUGUUCAUUCGCGCAGAUGGACGUCAAAAGACAUGGAAAUCCGGAGGUGUGUUAAAAUCCCUUUCCUCAAUUUUGAGUAAAUCAGAUUUAAGACUUUUUGGUACUUAUCGCGUAAAAAAAGUAUGCAACAAUUAGUGCCCCUGAGUUGCGAGUAAACAGUGAAAAUGAGAGUGAUACCAAAAAUAAACAAUGAAAACGAGAGUGUGAUACUGCGUAGUUGUCUACUAUCUCUUUUACGGGUCAUGAAAAUCACUCUAGAAUACCUUAUUUUGCCUCAGUUACCAUUGCUUAGGGGAGUAUACAGCGAUUUAAUUCCAAAAGCCGCUAAAGUUGUUAAAUUAUACUAACGCUUCUUUAGGUUUUUAUUACACUGCGCCAAAAGAGAACUUGACUGCACUGUAAAUUUGGCUGGCAUAUUCAGAUGUCUGACUGACGUAUAUGUAGUAUUCGCGUAUUCGACUAGUUCCACAAUCCUGAUGAAGGGAUUUGAAUAAACAGUCUUUCUGUGCGUUAUUUACGUGCCCUUUGCAGUGUUUUAACCUAGCCCUUCAGCUCUUUGCCGAAUCGAUUGAAAGAUAAUCUUGAGGGAGACGUUAAUCAGAUCCAUAUAGCCAGCGCUAAGGGGAAAAUCGCUUGCGAACAAGUCACUAUUUUCUUUGGUUUUCAUGUUAUUGGUUAAGAAAUUUAACUUAAAAUUUAGAGCACUUUUUAAUCAUUGAGAAUCGUCGAACUUAACCAAAGCAGUUACUCUGUCCAAUCACAACAAAGGAGUACGAUCUAGUGAAAAAUGCUUGUAACGGGCGCUAAGCGCAGAAAAAGUGGCGCUAAAUUAUGAGUAGUUUGCAUUUGUUCUGUUCAAUCGAGACAGUGGGGAAGAGCCUUGUGACCAAUCAGAUGCUUGUUGCCGAAGUAGCUGAAGCUCUGCGCGGGAAAACUGACGGAGAGACGUAAUGUUUGGUUUUGGACAAUGCCCCGAUUGGUUAAAAAAUGGCGGAAGUUCCGCGUUUUAGUUUAGCUUUGACACUAAACUAAAAGCCGCCCCAAUCCGCAGAUUUAUCACAGUAAAUCGCUUUCUUAUUAUUCGUAGAAUAUCUUAAGUAGGCUUGUGGAAGUACUAGUAGAGCUGACAUAAAGAGAAGUUUAUAUAACAAAGGUCGAUAGACAUAGCUUGUACCGCGUCUUUUGUCUUCUGAUCGUCAUUUGAUUGUUUUUUUUUUUAGUGGCUAAGUGAAGGCUUGACGCAAGCAACACAAUACGAGCAAGCUGAGCAUGGCAAAACGGAACUUUCGUUAGUUCAUUUCUCGGUAAGUACUGCGUUUCUGUUUUCGUUUUGAAUUCAGAUCGAAAUGUCCACCUGUUUCCUUUGUUUACAGAUAAAAAAUCCCAAGUGGAAGCCGACAGACCAAGGCGCGCAGUUUAUUAGUACAAUCAAGGAAAAUGGUGAGUGUGAAAUGGUUAAAUACUGCAGUAUGUUUAGCCUGUGUCGCAGACGUAGUCAAACCCCGGUUAGUAACGUCUGCAAAGUAGCGCCGAUAUCCUUGUUCUGGGCCGCCAACGGACUUAACAACUUACCGGAAAUGCGUUUUAGAUUUCCUUCAACCUCAUGGGCAAAUCGACAAUGGCUUUUUGAAAAGUCCAAUCAUGGCACGUACUCAAAUCGUGAUACACAGGUGGCGGCCCAGAAUAAGGAUUUCGUCGCUGAUUUGCAGACGUUACUAAUCGGGGUUUAGUUUCGUCUGUUGCGCAGUCUACAAAAAAUAAGCAAAGAUUAGAGAGUCUACUGUGUGGCACUUUUUAGUUUUUGCGGGUCCUAAUUUUUGCAAUUGGGACAUUUUUUGCGUCCCGCAAAAGUUAACCUCCACGGUCGCAGUUAUGUAGUUUUAUAUACAUGAAGUUUUGAUGGUAGACUUAUGCUUAUGCACUAUUGUUAUUUCAGCGGUUCAAGAAGGCAUCAAUCUGAGCAAUAGCGCUGCAUUAUCUGAACCGUGCUCCCUUCAAGAUUACAGGACAAGUAGUGUAAGUAAUGUCAGAAGUCAACCCAGAGGGGUACUCCCUGUGCUGGCCAAUACAGGGAGGCUCCGCCCGAAUGGGGUACCUUUUUCAGGCUUCAUGUAUAUGAAGGGGAAGGGAUUUCACUAGCUGAAGUAUAAGUAAAGGGUAGGGAAAUCUGUCAUUUCAGUCUGUAAAAAGGCCCAAAAGGGCUAUUAAAUAAUAGAUGUCUUUUAUGGCUGUGAAAAAGGUCGAGAAAACGUAUCGGUUUUGUGAUUAAUUUAUAUUUAAAAGCCAGUGUAUCUACAGCAGUUAAAAGGGAGGCAGCGUUCUACACUAGAAUGUGAAAGGGGUACCAGUUGGUUGAUCCCAUCACAACUAGACGCCAAAAAUUGCGUGAGCUCGGGCGUCCGUAUGAAAAAAAUUGAAAUGAGAAAACUUUCUCUGAGAAAUCACAAUCUUCAAAGGCCGCCAUCGUAUAUCGAAAUAUCAACAGUCUCUUCGCGUGAACAUCUGGAAAAGAUGCUUGAGUGACUAUAACGUAUUAGAUUGCAGUAAUUGUAUAUCAGAGGUCAUCAACUGAAAACAAAGGAGAAUAAAAUCAGUGACAUCAAAGCAAAGACCAAGGAUAACUGCUAAUUGAAGUACUCAAUUCAUUUCCUGUUUCUUCUUCAAGGCAACUAAGCAUAAAUAUGGAGGCAUUCCCAGUGUCUUCGGCAAGACUCUUGAGUUGAAGUUUUCGUGUGUAAGAAAUAGCAGAAUUCAUUCUUGUGAUCACUGAGUUUUAUACACCGAAUACAGUUGGCUUUGCUCGCCGUGUCUCGGGCAGCACUGUGCUCUGGUUUAGUCCGCUGACCUAUUUAACGCAUACUCUUAUAUCUUGCGCACGCGCUGUAUGCACCAGAGGGCGUUGCACCAAAGCCCGAGCCACAAGUCCAAUUUGGAGUGGCACGAUCGCUUACUACUAACUUCACUGCUAUAGGAACGAAAUGAUAGCCUUGUGAAGCUGUAGAGAUAGCUGUCUGACCAUUCUUGUGUUGUCCUUAAGUAUUUUACUUGCUUUUUUCGUUACUUUUCAGUUUCAAGGCUUGCCUUAUAUGAACCCCAUGAGCCUUAGCGAUCCCUCUCUUGCUCCACUGGGAACUGCCGCUGGGACACCCCAACAGCAGGCUCAAGCACGUGAAAUGCUGAUGAAUUCAAGUAUGAUGUAUUUACACGAGGUAAGAUAAAACUGAAAAAAACCUUCCCGUCUUACCAUCGUGACAUCAAGGGACUUUAAGAUGCCACGACGGUGACGACAACGAGAACGCCAAAAAAGCAAUAGGUUGAAUAGGCAAAACACCAACUUUGCACGUGCGUCACGCUUUUUUGUACAUUUCUUUGCCGUCACUGCACGACUACGACGGAAAAUGCCUAAUUUCAAGUUUUAUGAGGGACAUAAACAAGCGACGGCUAAAUUUUCUUUCUCUUUCUGAACUUGAAUAUGAUUCUUAGGAAUUCGGCUCAAAAAGAGUUCGCUUGCAUUUGACAAAAUAAACGAGUUUGAGUAACUGCGAUAGAGGUUGAAAGAGCGCAAAUUCGCUUUUUAAGCGACGUUUUCGCCGUCGUGGUAUCUUAAACUCCGUUGGUGAAGUCCUGAUGGGGUCAGCGCAACAACUGAGUCUUACCUCCCUCCAAUCGCUCCCCAUCCCGACAGCUUUUUCAGCCAUCCAAAAAUGUAAAACAAAGCAAACAAAUUAGGUUCAUCAAAUUCAUAAGGGAUACAUCAUCUUUAUUAAUUGACUCAAGUUCCGUAACAAGUUCAUUUUAAUGUUGCCGAACAUUUCUCUCGGUAGUUAGAGAAGAACACUCCGUGCUUAUGAAGGAUUUAUAAAACGAAAAGUUUUUCUCUUUUAGUUAAGAGAUCGUCAGGUUGAACAGUCUGGGCUACCUCGAGGAAGCAGUUUGACGACAACAGCGGUGAGACAUGCACCAUCAUCAUCUGCGACGAUUGACGAAGAAAACAUCAGUGAAACAGAGGUGUUAAGGUCUGUUUUGUUUAGAAAAUCAGUUCCUUUUUAUAGCUCACCAUAAUUCAGGGUUUGUAAAAAAAAUUGAAAUUCAAGUCACAUUUUUCUCGCAUGGUGUCAUUGAAUUUCUUUCUCAGUGUAUGAUUUAGUUAGAAAAUGACUUGCCUGUGAUCUGACAGAAAAAUCUAGUUUUCCGAGGACGUUUUUUCGAGCCCAACAAUAGAGGCACUUCAUCCCAGCCUUCCCCCUUCCAGACAAAGAAUAAGGCAAAAGAUGGCUAUGAAUCCGCUUUCGAUUUUUUUUAACUUGGCAAAAGGUUACAUUUUGCUAUGCUUAUCACAAUCCGACAAUUAAAAGUAAAGAUGAGGACUGACCAACUCGUUCUUGAGUUGUAAGCCCUUGAAGCGUAAGUUAAGGGUGUUUUGAACCAGGUAUCCUGUUCCUAUAGCAACGUUAACGCAACGCCUUGCGUCAGGUAAAUGAUUAUAACUUGUUAAGUGAUGAUUUAGUAGUUGUUGAAUACCAUUUUUAUAAAAUCAACCCAAAAGAGAGUGGUAAUACUGACCUCAUCAAAGUAGAAGUGCUUAGAAAGGCAACUAGAAAACCAUUUUGAGCCGUACCUCGGCAUAACGAACGACAUUCUUCAGUCUUGUUAAACACGUGGUUAAAUUUAUUGAACGGGGUCCCGACCGUUAAAAUGAACGUAGUUCUCAGUCCGUUGGUUCUUUGCUGUAUGUGGGUUCGGACUAAUUAUCUAACUUCUUAAUAGUUUUGCAGUCCCCGGCUUAUUACAACAUUGUAAAUAUUUUUAUCUCUUGCAGAGACCACGAGCGAAUGGUGUAAACUUGUAAAGAUCGGUAGUGAACUUUUAAAUGAAACCCUGAGGAAAUGUCAAGAGUGAAGAGCGUGGUUUCAUAAUAUACUGGAUGUAGUCCAAACCGUAAAAAUGGGAACGUUGUGAUCAUCUUCCGUAAAAUGAACUGAAAGUGGUCUUUACUGUUUUCAAAGUUUUAAUCACCAAUGAACCCAUUGUGUGAAGUCUGGUGAUAAGUACUAUUUGAGGCGGCAAGCAACUCAACAAGUUGCAAAGGGCGUCGCUUUAUUCCAACUCAACGUGUCCGUUUAUUGAGGAUCUAGAACGUUGGCUUCAAAAUUUUUGGCUAAGAUAUCUAAUGUAUUAAGUAGGUUUUUAAGGGAACGCGUUUGGUAAUGUAACUUUUGU